UCAUCAACCUAUUUCUCGUGUCAUGCAUAAUUGAUUUGACGAUAGACCUUCGGGAGACUUUUAUCUCCAACAAAAAUAAAGUUACCCUCUCCUUUCCCUUCUCCUUCCUAGAAUCAGCCAAGUACAAAUACGAGCUUAUUUUUGCAAACUUCACUUGUUUACCUAUAUAGCAAUUACUGAUUUUUGCUUUGCACUCGCAGAUUGUUUGAUUUUGGGAGUUUUUUUUCGGCUGCUUAAUUGGUCCUUUUAUGUGCGAUUAUUUUCUCAAUGGAAAGUGGUGUGCAGGGGCUGCUUGUGGGUUCGGACAUUCAUGGAUUUCACACGCUGCAAGAUUUGGAUUAUGGGAAAAUAAUGGAGGAAGCUAGUUCAAGAUGGCUCCGACCAAAUGAAAUUCAUGCAAUACUUUGUAACUAUAAGUAUUUUGUCAUUAAUGUCAAGCCUGUACACUUGCCCAAAAGUGGUGUUAUUAAGUUAUUUGACCGUAAGAAGCUUAGGAACUUCCGAAAAGAUGGUCAUAAUUGGAAGAAGAAGAAAGAUGGGAAGACUGUUAAAGAAGCUCAUGAACACUUAAAAGUUGGUAAUGAAGAAAGGAUUCAUGUAUACUAUGCACAUGGGGAAGAUAACCCAACCUUCGUCCGCAGGUGUUAUUGGCUACUUGAUAAGACUCUAGAACAUAUAGUCCUUGUGCACUAUCGGGAAACUCAGGAGGUGCAGGGUUCUCCAGUCACACCUGUGAAUUCAAAUUCUAGUUCAGUCUCUGAACAGUCCCCUUGGCUUUUAUCAGAAGAAUUUGAUUCUAGAGCUGGCCAUGCCUAUUAUGUUGGUGUUAAAGAAGCUAUAGAUCCUGGUGACUGUUUAACUGUCAGAAAUCAUGAAAUGAGGCUUCAUGAAAUUAAUACACUUGAAUGGGAUGAGCUUGUGACGAAUGAUCUUAACAAUUCACACAUGCCUAAAGAAGAUAAGAAUAUGAGCUUUGACCAACACAAUCAAAUUGCAGUUAAUGGGUCCAGGAAUGAUGGUAUCCCUCUUCCAGUCUACAAUUUAUCUGCAGAAGUUCCUCCUUUAGAUUACUUAACUGAACCAAUUGCAAGGAACAACACUUCUUGCUUAAAUAUUCCAGAGGAUGCUUACAGUAAGGCAACAAAAGUCCAAGGAAAUUCAGAUGUGCAGGAAAAGGAUGCUAGGAUACUAGGGACUGGUGAUUCUUUGGAUGUGUUGGUUAAUGAUGGUCUACAAAGUCAAGAUAGUUUUGGAAAGUGGAUAAAUGACAUAAUAGCUGACUCUGCAGGUUCUGUAGAUAAUGCUUUGGUUGAAUCUUCUAUUUCAUCUAGUCAUGAUUCUCACACUUCUCCAGCAAUCAAUCAGUUGCAAUCUUCUGUUCCUGAACAAAUAUUUGUCAUCACUGAUAUCUCCCACACUUGGGCCUUUUCAGCUGAAAUGACAAAGAUUUUAGUUACUGGAUAUUUCCAUGAACAGUUUCUACAUCUAGCAAAAUUGGAUCUGUGUUGUGUGUGUGGAGAUGCAUGUGUGCGUGCAGAAAUUGUUCAGGCUGGGGUGUAUCGCUGUUUGGUACCACAACAUUCCCCUGGAUUAGUAGAUCUGUUUUUGAGUUUGGAUGGCCAUAAACCCAUAAGCCAAGUUCUAAAUUUUGAGUACCGCCCUCCAUUACGUGAUCAUGUGGUUUCUUUAGAAGACAAACCCAAGUGGGAUGAAUUCAAACUUCAGAUGAGACUUGCUUGCUUGCUUUUCUCUACAUCCAGAAGCCUCAGCAUUUUAACCAGCAAGGUAUCACCAGCUAACCUGAAGGAGGCUAAAAAGUUUGCCCAUAAAACCUCUAGCAUUUUCCAUAGUUGGACAUAUUUGAACAAGUCAAUUGAGGACGACAGAGUGUCAUUUUCACAAGCGAAAGAUGGUUUCUUUGAACUCACUUUGCAGAACAUGCUAAAGGAAUGGUUGUUGGAAAGAGUGGUUGAAGGCCGUAAAACCACUGAAUAUGAUGCUCAAGGUCAAGGAGCAAUCCAUUUAUGCGCCCUUCUUGGAUAUACUUGGGCUAUUCAUUUAUUUUCAUGGGCAGGCUUGUCAUUGGAUUUUCGGGAUAAACAUGGAUGGACAGCUCUUCAUUGGGCAGCAUAUUAUGGAAGGGAGAAAAUGGUUGCAAUUCUCUUAUCUGCAGGGGCAAAGCCAAACUUGGUCACAGACCCCACAUCAGAACAUCCUGGUGGAUGCACUGCUGCUGAUCUUGCAUCUGCAAAGGGUUAUGAUGGCUUAGCAGCUUAUCUGUCAGAAAAGUCUUUAGUAGCACAAUUCAAGGAUAUGUCUCUAGCCGGAAAUGUUAGUGGCUCCCUGCAAACAAGUUCAACUGACAGUAUAAAUUCUGCGAACCUAAGUGAGGAGCAGCUUUAUCUCAAGGAUACUUUAGCAGCCUACCGAACAGCUGCUGAUGCAGCAGCACGUAUUCAGGCUGCAAUUAAAGAACACUCCUUAAAAGUUCGGACUAAAGCAGUUCAGGUUGCAAAUCCAGAGGAUGAAGCUCGAAAUAUAGUUGCAGCAAUGAAGAUUCAACAUGCCUUUCGCAACUAUGAAACACGGAAAAGGAUGGCAGCUGCUGCCCGAAUCCAGCACAGGUUUCGGACAUGGAAAAUCCGGAAGGAAUUCCUUAAUAUGCGUCGGGUUGCUAUCAGAAUUCAGGCUGCUUUUCGGGGCUUCCAAGUGAGAAAGCAAUACCGCAAGAUAGUCUGGUCAGUUGGAGUGCUUGAGAAAGCAAUUCUGCGUUGGCGUCUAAAAAGAAAAGGCUUCCGUGGCCUUCAUGUUGAUCCUAUUGAAGUAGUAGCGGACGAGAGGGAGGAAAAUGAUGCAGAGGAAGACUUCUUCCAAGUUAGUAGGAAACAAGCUGAAGAGCGUGUUGAGAGAGCAGUUGUACGGGUUCAAGCCAUGUUCCGAUCAAAGAAGGCACAAGAAGAAUAUCGAAGGAUGAAAUUGACUUGUAACCAAGCAGAGCUGGAAUAUGGAGGGCUUCUUGACCAUGAUAUCGACUUGGACAGAUGAACCUGAUUGAAGAUGCUGGUUGAUAAUCUUGCCAUUUAUUGAUCGUAUGCAUGCAAAAUGUGAAUGUUCCUAGUGUAGAAUAAUGCCUUAUAGUAGCCUGUACAUCUUGGUAGACGCCUAUUAUAAUCUGGUCAUGCACUUUUACCCUUUCAUGAUAUCAGCUUAAGUUCUUGA